AUGGCCUCGCUCGACCCUCUUUCAUCCAUUACAGCCGCCUUGACCCGCGAGCACCUCAUCCCGGAUGUGCUACCCGAGUCCUUCACGCCUUCAGUCUUGUUUAGCGUGAUCUAUCCCAAUGGCACGGAGGUGGUCAUGGGUAACGAGCUCACGCCAGCGCUCACGGCUGAUGAGCCCAACGUGGGGAUUACGCCGAUGAACAUGGCAGACUGGCAGGCCGAUGCGACAGGGAAGGAAGCGGAUGAGGGCAAGGGAGAUGUCAGCUAUACGCUUGUGAUGCUGGACCCGGAUGCGCCGACAAGGGCGGAGCCGAUCUAUAGAUCAUUCAGACACUGGGUUGUCACGGGCUUGAAGCCGGCGUCGGAGAAUAGCAUGACCAGCGCAGCGAAUGAUCUUGCGCUCAAGACGAAGAACGCGACUUGCCCCUACCGUCCACCUGGACCACGUCCCGAAUCCGGGAUACACAGAUACACUUUCUUACUCUUCCAGGAGCCCGCGUCCGCGACUGGAUUCACUGUUCCUGAGGGCGAGCCGGAGCACGGCACGGCACUAGAGGAGCGUCGUUCAUGGGAUGCUGUUGCAUUCGGGAAGAAGCACGGGCUGAAACUCGUUGGCGCUAACUUCUUCCUCGUACGCGCCGAGUAA